AUGGCAAAUCUCGACUCUUGGGUGGAAAUCCCGCCGUACGCGACGCCAAUCGCCCGCGGCGAUGAUACUACCCCCGUAAAUCAAGAGUCUCUGCAAGUUCCAUCUUCUCCGAGGCCCUCACGCCUGGCUUCCGACUCUCCGGCAAGCCCUGCAAAAGCCUCGAGCUCGUCCAUCGCCAGCAACCUAACCAAUGCAAUGCUCACGGCCGCUCUCAACGUUCCUACACCUUCUGCGCCUUCAGAUCCUCGAAAGACUGCCGGCCGCCUGCUCUCAACUCGAGACUCACUCUCCAUCCCCAUCACUGCCGUCAACUUUCGAAGCGUUCGUCAUCCAGCCGACAAGCCGGACGACGCACCGUUAGCUCCGGCAUGGGUACCGGCAGAAGCUCGAGAGGGAUCCUCUGAAUGGUUUGCCAAUCUGCAAGCCAUCCAAAACCUAAUGGGCUUUUAUGCAGACAUGUACGAAAACGUGACCAGUCUCCUACCCCAUCUCACCCAUGCGACACCAACCUCUGCACCUCUGUUGACCUUCCUCCUGGUCACCCUACUACUCGGACUGCCUCUUUUACCACUCGUUCCUCUCCGCCCAGUUUUCCUUAUUGUCGGCAUUGCUCCUUUUAUACUCACCCAUCCAACGGUCCAACGAAUGGCUCCCGCUGUCCUGGACACUGCUCGAAAACUAUACUUUACGACCAUCCAGCGCUUCAUUAACAAUGACAGGCUCGAAGAUACUGUCUGGGCAGCACCAAUUCGGGAAGUUGAACUUUGGGAGAACGAGCGCUGGUCUCUUGCGACUAGCCAAGCCGCUCCUUCUUCGUCAGGCGACCCGGGCUGGAGUAAAGCUAACCUACGACGUGGGGAGAGAAAGGGCUGGAGUCGUCGGAGAGAUGGAUGGAGUGACGCAGAUGCACUCGAUGGUAGUCUCGAAGGAGAUAUUCGCAGUAACCUCACGUUUACUCUUGAACCUGGAUGGCACUUUAUCCCGACGGAGGACUGGCAACCAGACAUCUUCGGGAGCUGGGUAAGCAACGUCGGUGGUGAUGCGGAUGGAUGGGUGUACACAAACGAUGUAUGGAACGACCCUCACGCCGAGCCUCCAGAAGAAUGGAAACUGCGUGGGAUGACGAGGCGAAGAAGAUGGGUGCGCAGGAUAUAUUUCGUUGAACCUGUACCCCCUUCCACUUGA